AUGCCCAAAAGUGACUCUCCCGACAUCGACCGCGUUUCGGUUGAUCCACGAUGCCGUAAACUCUUCCGCGAGAUCGAGACCAGAUUCGAAGUAUCGGAUAUUCCGACUGAAAAAUGGUAUCUCACGGCACUAGGUUCUAUCAUCCCAAGCUCAGAGCCGUCCAUGGCGGGCCAAUUGUACUUGCACUUGAUCAGCAAACCUCCGUACGAUGCCUCGAGCAAGCGAAGGACGUUGACUCACCGAUUUAACGAGGUGAUUCUUAAGGCUGUUGCACUACUGGGGAUUCCAGCCGAAGCUGUCAUCUCCAUCUCUUGUAUGCAGCCAGAUGAGGAUGGAGACCCGCCCUUUACUCGUGAGGGAUGGCAGUACGACGACGCAAACCACCAUCGCGGCAUGGCGUGGCUGCAGAAAAUAUACGCCCAGAAUACGCCGGCCCUACUCGACAUGUUCAGAAAACACCGCGAUUUUGGAUCUGCCGUCUGCGAUAUUGCUUAUGGGCUGUGUCUAUCCGAUCGCCAGAUUCUGGAUGACCUGGAUAUCGAGAUCAUGGUCCUACCCGCUGUGAUGGGUCAGAAUCUUCCGCGGAUGACGUAUUGGCAUAUCAGGGGUUGUAGAAGAGUUGGAGUCUCAAAGGAGGAUGUCAAGAUGCUCUGCGAAUGCGUGCAUGCCGUUGCUCGUGUUUGUGGAACAGAGCUAGAUCGGGUGCGUGACGUACAGGUCGACGAGGACGAGGUAUAG